AUGAAUGAAGAGCAGGAAAGCGGGUCGAGCAGCACGGAGGAGUGGCACGAACUGGAGCGCAGCCUGAUGCUGGUGUCUCAGAUCGUGACUUCGAAUUCGGAAUUGGCCCUGCCACUCCUAACCACUGUUCCUCUCUGAAUAACAGGAGCGGACAUUGUUCAGUGGCUCAUGAAAAACCUCUCCAUCGAGGAUCCAGCCGAAGCCAUCCACCUCGGGAGUCUGGUCGCCGCCCACGGCUACAUCUUCCCCAUCUCGGACCACGUCCUGACCCUCAAAGACGACGGAACCCUUUAUCGCUUCCAGUCUCCAUACUUCUGGCCUUCAAAUUGCUGGGAACCCGAGAACACAGACUAUGCCAUUUACCUGUGCAAGCGCACCAUGCAGAACAAAGCCAGGCUGGAGCUCGCCGACUAUGAGGCUGAGAACCUCGCCCGGCUGCAGAGGGCUUUCGCCAGGAAGUGGGAAUUCAUCUUCAUGCAGGCCGAGGCUCAAGUCAAGAUCGACAGGAAGAAGGACAAGGCAGAGAGGAAGAUCCUCGACAGCCAGGAGAGGGCAUUCUGGGACGUCCAUCGGCCAGUGCCGGGCUGCGUCAACACCACGGAGAUGGACAUCCGCAAGUGCCGGAGAGAGAAGAACCCACACAGGGUAAAAAAGUCGGUCUACGGGGUACCAGAUGACGGCCAGAGCCAGCCCAGUCCCAUCCACAUCAGCUCCCAGGCAGCCAGGAAGCCCACCAAAGAGGACGUUCAGAAGGAGAUUAGCUUCUUGAACAUCCAGCUGGACAGACACUGUAUGAAGGUGUCCAAAGUGGCCGACAGCCUGAUGAGCUACACGGAGCAGUUCAUGGAAUACGACCCGUUCGUGUCGGCCACGGAGCCCUCCAACCCCUGGAUCAGUGACGACACUUCCUUCUGGGACUUGGAGGCGAGUCGUGAUCCCAGCCAGCAGCGUGUGAAGAAGUGGGGCUUCUCCCUGGAAGAAGCACUGAAGGACCCCGCAGGACGAGACCAGUUCCUCAAGUUCCUGGAGUCAGAGUUCAGCUCAGAGAACCUGCGGUUCUGGUUAGCGGUGCAGGAUCUGAAGCGACGGCCGCUCCAGGACGUGUCCUCCAGGGCUCAGGAGAUCUGGCAGGAGUUUCUGGCCGAAGGAGCGCCGAGCUCCAUCAACCUGGACUCUCACAGCUACGAGCGCACCAGCCAGAACCUCAAAGACCCGGGACGAUACAGCUACGAGGACGCUCAGGAGCACAUAUUCAAGCUAAUGAAAAGUGACAGCUAUGCACGCUUUUUGCGAUCCAACAUCUACCAAGACCUCCUGUUAGCUAGAAAGAAGCCAGCAGACACUGAACAGGGCCGCCGCACCUCCUUGGAGAAGUUCACCCGCAGUGUGGGCAAGUCGUUGACGGGAAAGCGCCUGACAGGCCUGAUGCAGUCCUGA